AAGAUCCCUGGAAAACAAAUAGACAGAGGUGUUUAACAGAAUAUUGUUUCUUUGUUUCUUAGUUGGUGGCGUUGCUUUUAUGUACGGGGUAAAAUCUCACCUGUUACAUUACGUUAUGUUUCUGGCCCCUUCGCGAGACGUUCUCGCGGAAGCGCAGAUCGAAAUUGCCUUGCAAGGCAUAAAGGUCGGUAAGGUAGCGAUUGUCAAGUGGCGAGGGAAACCAGUCUUCGUUUAUCAUCGUACGGAGUCCACGAUCGAACAAGAGAGAGCGGUGAACAUCGACGAAUUAAGAGAUCCUGAAACAGACGAAGAAAGAACGAUAAAACCAGAAUGGCUGAUCGUAACCGGUAUUUGUACGCAUCUUGGCUGUGUACCGAUUCCCAAUGCCGGUAUGAUAGCCGGUGGAUUUUAUUGUCCCUGUCAUGGUUCCCAUUUCGACGCAUCCGGUCGCAUACGCAAGGGGCCCGCGCCCACCAAUAUGGAAGUACCCCAGUAUAAGUUCCUCGAUAACGAUACCGUCCUCGUUGGUUGAUUUCUUCUUUUAUCCUUCUCCAUCACUCUUUUGUUCCUUUAU